AUGGCGGCWCAAGURAGCGAAUGUUGUGCUUGUUCGGGAACAAGAAGUUGUCUAGUAUGCGAAAAUAAUAGUGCGUACAAAAAUGAAUUGGAAGAUAAAGAUAUAAUUACAAGAUACUAUUUUUGUUUAGYCUGCAAAAGUGCUGUAAAAUCUAAAGGAAAGUGUUCUCAUYCAGACRACUGCGAAAAAGUGGAUAAAUUGAUCGAUGGUUUGUAUGUGUUYGAAGAUUUUAUAUCAGAAGCAGAAGAAAACGAURUUGUUAGUGAAAUUGAUAAAACARUKUGGAAACCUUCGCAAUCUGGACGACGAAAACAGGAUUAUGGACCUCAAGUUAACUUCAAGCGAAAGAAAGUCAAACUAACUUACUUCAAUGGACUACCUGUAUUCAGCAAAUUUCUCAUUGAAAGGAUGAAGAAAGAUAUCCCAUUCUUGAAUGAUUUCAAAACAGUAGAAUUGUGCAACUUGGAGUAUAUUCCUGAACGAGGCUCAUCUAUUGAUUCUCAUUUUGAUGAUUUCUGGCUUUGGGGCGAAAGACUUGUUACUAUUAACCUUUUAUCAAGUACUACAAUAACAAUGUCUCAUGMGAACUCAAGAAUAGAAUUAGAUGUAGAACUUCCAAGACGAUCCCUUAUUGUAAUGUCAGGUGCUUCUAGAUAUCAAUGGAAACAUGGCAUAAAGAGAGAAAAUAUUACUUCCAGAAGACUUGCAAUUACCCUUAGAGAACUGUCACAUGAAUUUYUGAAGGGAGGUCCAAAUGAGGCUUUUGGGAAUGAAAUAUAUGAUAUUGCAAUGUCAUUUUGUGGGAACUCAGUGCAAGUAAACAUGAACUGUUCCAGCUCAAAAAUAAAUGAAAAUUGACAAAUGUUGUAAUAUUAUUUGAAUUUAUCACUGUUGUAUAAUGUGCAAAUUAUACCAAAAAAAAAGAU